CGUUGCUUGGGGCCCAAUCUUUGGCAAGUUGCCCGCCCAGUCGCGCCGCUGCAGUCUUCAGUUGACUUUUAGCUGUCUCGCGAGUGGCUCGUGAGUGUUUCGCCAAGUGAAAUUUCUUGUUCUGUCUGGCCGACUUGAACAGAAACCUGAAACAAGAUGAGUCCACGCCCACACGAGAGCCUUGCGGCAGCUCAAAUUCUGUCGGAUCUGGAGCUGAGCAGCGCAACGACAUCGUGCUACAAUCGGAAAAUAUUAAAGGAUGAUGAUAACUGGCUCGAUGGUCAACUGACUACGGAACUCGCUACGGACGCCGCUCAUCAGUUUCCGGCUAAUGAGGAGCCGAAUGUGCUGGGACAUGGCCCGGACUUUGACGACAAGUUGGCCAAAUUCAAAUGGCUGUGCAACUUUGAUGAUGCGCCAAGUCAUUUGAAGUUCAAUCCGUAUAUAAGACGUGGCUAUCGCACAUUCCUGUCCAACAAGCUGUGCCUGCAGAGUAUUUUCUGGUGGACUAAUGAGACGAUCAAUAUCUGGAGUCAUUUGGCUGGCUGCAUCCUGUUCAUCGGGCUGACAAUCUUUGACCUUCAAUUUCUGCGCCAGCAUGCAGAGGUUACUGAUCAGGUGCUCGUGGUCUGUUUGCUGGUCUGCUUCUGUCUGUGCAUGCUGAUGUCGGCCAUAUAUCAUAUAUUCUCCUGCAAGUCGGAGGAGCACUACGAGCUCUUUCUAUCUGUGGAUUUUCUGGGCAUAUCCCUCUCGCUGGUGGCCAUCUACAUAAGUGGCAUGUACUAUGCCUUCUGGUGCCAUACGUUCCUGCGCACAAUAUACUCUACCAUUGCGCUGGGCAUGUUUGGCCUGGCCAUUGCCGUGCAGAUACCCCAGCUGAAUGUCUCCAUGAACGGCAAGGUGGCUGUGCUCCUGCUGUGGUCCGCAUACGGCAUACUGCCGCUGGGCCACUGGGCGGUGGCCAUGGGCGGGCUGGAGAACGAGCUGGUCGGCCUGAUGGUGCCACGGAUUGUUGUCAUGUAUCUGCUCUGCUUGGUGGCCUUUGUGUUCUAUGCCGCCAAAAUACCCGAGCGUUGGCUCACCGGCAAAGUGGACUUUGUCGGCCACUCGCACAACUGGUGGCAUCUGAUCAUUGUGGCCGCCUUUUACCACUGGCACAACACGGGCCUCGUCUAUGCCGAGUAUCGUCUCAACAAUGGCUGCAGCGCUGGCCCGGUUCUAUCCUGAGUUUCCGCUCUGCGGACUGGUAGUGUCCAUUGUAAAUAGUCUAGAUGCACUAAGUUUUAACUAAUAUUUAGUUGUAGCUGUUGAGAGAUAUAUUGUUAAUUUAUACACUUACUUACACUUACACAUACACACACACACA